AAUGUUUAAUCGAUAGCUCGCCAAGGAUUUAGCAAGAUGAGCAAACUAGACGAUCUGCUGUCCAAAAAGAAGACGGUGGUGCCCGUCUUGGAUCUCAGCCGCAGCAAUAUUCAGACCGUCGAGGAGUUCAAACGGCUGCUGGAGAAGGUGCCCGACUACAAGAUGCGACCGGUGAAGGUGCGCGCCGAGGAGAUAAAGAUCCGGGAGAAGGACUACGCCUUCAAGAUGCCCAAAAAGGAGAUGCGAAAGCUGCUGCGAGCCAACGGGGAACGAGAGGCGAUGUACACCUAUGCGGAUCCGGUGCCCGGUGAAAUGAAGGAUGUGGUGCUGAUGGAACUGUGUGCGGUGCCCAUCGAUUGGAAGAUGCUGACCACGCUGAGGCCCAAGAACAAACAGGAGGAGGAAUACUUCAGCCGCAUGGUUGAGAUGGGAAAGUUGGAGCUUAAAACCGAGGCUCGCGAUCGCCGAGAGUUUGCCCUAAACAAUUGUGUCAAGAAAAUCAAGAAUAAAUCGGGAAUUGUGGAAACUCGACUGAUGACCUGUGAGUCCUGCGGCGAGGAAAUGUGUUGUGGCAAGACUUGCGGCGACUUCAAUUACGAUCUGUACAUUCGGGUUGAGGCCAGGGUGAUUAAGCCGAAACCGGCACCUUUGUCCUCCAACAAGGCCAAAUUAAAUGGACGCAAAAAGUCAUCGGUGGGCGGAACCAAGAUCAAGGUCAAAAAGGCAUCAAGCAAAGCCAGCUAAACUAACCGAUUGAACAACAAAUAUUUACGAAACAUUCCGAAAAUUGACUUAGCUUUUGUACUCGUAUUUAUUUGCUACUAUAUUGUUAAUGAAUAUAACACGUUUUUCUCAAUGUGCAACAUAUUUCACAUAUUUGUUAGUCUCAAAAGUUACCCGAUUUUCUAUUUACUUACUUUUCAAGCCAUGUGUAGCAUUUGAUAGUUUUGCUAAUUAAUUAAUAAUAAUUAAAACUCUAUAAAGCUAAGGUGUUAAAUGAAUACAGCCCAUACUUAAUUACUUGCGAAAAUACAUCAAAUAAACUAAAUAAAUGCUUAUAUAAUUUCAUUAUC